CGCUCGCCUUCUUCUUCUUCUUCUUCUUCUUCUUCUUCUUCUUUGAAGCCUAUCACUGUUACGAGCACCGGUUGCGUGCAUCCGAUAUGGGGAGGUCCCCGUGCUGUGAGAAGGCUCACACCAACAAGGGAGCAUGGACCAAGGAAGAGGACCAGAAGCUGAUCGCGUACAUCAAAGCCCAUGGUGAAGGCUGCUGGAGAUCGCUCCCCAGCGCUGCAGGUUUGCUCAGAUGUGGCAAGAGCUGCCGGCUCAGGUGGAUAAACUAUCUCCGACCUGAUCUCAAGCGCGGCAAUUUUACGGAGGAGGAAGAUGCGCUCAUCAUCAAACUCCAUGGAUUGCUUGGGAACAAGUGGUCUCUGAUAGCUGGGCGAUUACCCGGGAGGACGGACAACGAGAUCAAGAACUACUGGAACACCCACAUCAAACGAAAGCUGCUCAGCCGAGGCAUCGACCCUCAGACCCACCGGCCGACAACCGGCGCCGCCACCCUCACCGCUCCACAACGGCAAGGCGUCUUCAUUCCUAUCACCGUGCCACGAGACACGGCCGUCUCAGACUCCGCCGACGACGGCCGCAUGAGCAGCGACGCGAGCCAUGACGAGGACCGCGACCGCUGCCUCGACCUCGACCUCUCCAUGAGCCUGCUGCCUCAUCGCUCCCCGAAACAGUCUCCUCCUUCGGAGUCUCCAACAACAUCCACCGCAGCAGCAACACCAUCCACGAGCAGCUACACCGGAGGCAUAUGCCUGUGCUGCCAUCUCGGAUUCCAAAGCUGUGGGGCUUGCAGUGGCCAACCCAUCCCGAAUCCAUGUGUCUUCAGAUACUUCAGACCAUUGGAAGAAGGGCAAGGCAUAGAUUAGCGAAGCUUGUAUCUGAAACUGUGAUCUUAUUUGCCCAAAGGAACAAGGAAAGGCUCAUGUAGUGAUUGGUAAUCAUCCCAUUAUAAUGCAGAUGUAGCUGUGAGCGGUCAAAAUGUUCAGAUUCUUAAGUACUUUACUGGCAAUAAAAAAUGAAGAUUAAUGGU